GCCGCCGUAAUUGGCUAUUCGGAAUCCCCUACACAAAAAGUUUAGUGAUUUGAGGAGAGGAGAGGAGUGUUAUAGACGAAGAAGAAUUUUUUUUACCUUUCUAAAUACCAGAGAAGGAGCGCAUGGGUUGAUCUGGAGAAACGAGUUCGGGAGAGAAACCGCCAUGUUCCAUGGACGAGAACCAAGUUCACGCCGGAGCAGAAGAUGAAGAUGAGAGCUUUUGCCGAGGAAGCAGGUUGGAAAAUCAGGGAUCUUUUAAGGAGGAGACAAGAUGAGAUUAGUUUGUAUUUUUGGUUUAACGUUUUGGCUUUGGACACACAUAGAUGCUCUGUUCAUUACUUUCUUUAAUUAUAAAUAUCUAUGUGAAUGUCUUGUUGUUUCCUGUUUGUAAUUUGACUCUCUCUGGCUUUGAAUACAAGUACUUGAUCAUAAUGAUAUGUUCAGUAGAUUCCUCUCUGUCUUGAUCGACGAUUAAACCAUCUAUCUCUCUCGGUUCUCGUGGAGAAAGAAUCAAUCAGCCUCUCUCUCGGUCUCAUAGAAAGAUGGAUGGAUCCUUGAAGACGCAAGAAGGUUCGUCAAAGAAGAAAACUUCAGUUGCAACAGAGAUCCAAACAUAGAGAAAAAUUAAGAUAAAGAGUUUCAUCCACUUCUUCUCCAGAUCUAGGAGCUUCCCCCCCACAUCACGGAUCAAUCCAGCCAGAGAGAGAGAGAGAGACAUGGCGUCCGUUGUGGCGGUGGCGAGUGAGAACCAGUGGUUUAAAGGGAGAGUGAAGGCUGUUACUUCCGGAGACUGCUUGGUGAUCACUGCUUUGGCCCAAAACAGGCCCGGCCCACCUCCGGAAAAGACCAUCACUUUAUCUUCUCUCAUGGCUCCUAAACUGGCGCGCAGGGGAGGUAUAGAUGAGCCUUUUGCGUGGGAAAGCAGGGAGUUUCUGAGGAAGCUUUGCAUUGGGAAGGAGGUUACUUUUAAAGUGGAUUACAAAGUGGAAGCUAUUGCUGGGAGAGAGUUUGGCUCUGUUUAUCUUGGCAACGAAAAUCUUGCUAAGCUUGUUGUUCAGAAUGGCUGGGCCAAGGUCAGAGAGCCAGGUCAGCAGAAUCAGGAUAAGGUUAGUCCUUACAUUGCCGAGCUGUUACAGCUUGAAGAGAUGGCUAAGCAGGAAGGUCUCGGUCGUUGGAGCAAGGUUCCUGGUGCUGCCGAGGCAUCUGUCAGGAAUCUUCCUCCUUCUGCCGUUGGGGAUUCUGGUAAUUUUGAUGCCAUGGGUCUGUUAGCUGCAAGUAAAGGCAAGCCCAUGGAAGCUAUUGUUGAGCAAGUCCGAGAUGGCAGUACCAUCCGGGUUUAUCUUCUUCCUGAGUUUCAGUUUGUGCAAGUAUUUGUUGCUGGACUCCAGGCUCCAUCAAUGGGAAGGAGAUCUACACAAGAAACUGUUGUUGAGCCAGAUGUUACAUCAGCUCCGAAUGGAGAUGCUUCUGCGGAGCCCCGUGGUCCUCUAACAUCAGCCCAGAGACUCGCUGCUUCAGCAGUAUCGUCCGUGGAGGUUUCUGGUGAUCCGUUUGCAAUGGAAGCCAAAUUUUUUACUGAGCUUCGUGUUCUUAAUAGAGAUGUUCGCAUUGUUCUUGAAGGUGUUGACAAAUUCAACAAUCUGAUUGGAUCAGUUUACUAUUCUGUUGGGGAAACAGUCAAAGACUUGGGUCUGGAGCUGGUUGAAAAUGGUCUUGCUAAGUAUGUUGAGUGGAGUGCCAACAUGAUGGAGGAAGAAGCCAAAAGGAAGUUAAAAGCUGCAGAACUUCAAUGCAAGAAAAACCGUGUGAAAAUGUGGGCAAACUAUGUCCCUCCAGCUAGCAACUCUAAGGCAAUUCAUGACCAGAACUUUACUGGAAAGGUAGUGGAAGUUGUGAGUGGGGACUGCUUAGUAGUUGCUGAUGACUCUGUACCAUUCGGGAGCCCAAUGGCAGAGCGCCGAGUAUGUCUUUCGAGCAUUAGGUCUCCUAAAAUCGGCAACCCACGCAGAGAGGAGAAACCUGCACCUUAUGCUCGGGAAGCUAGAGAGUUCCUUAGACAAAGGUUAAUUGGAAAACAGGUUAAUGUGCAAAUGGAAUACCAAAGGAAGAUUAGCCCAGCAGAUGGUGCUACUACUACUUCUGGAGCUAGUGAUUCCAGGGUUAUGGAUUUUGGUUCAGUGUUCCUGCCAUCUCCCACCAAGGGUGAUACAGCUGAAGCAACUCCCGGAGUCAAUAUCGCUGAACUCAUUAUUGCCCGUGGCUUGGGGACUGUGGUAAGACACCGCGAUUUUGAAGAGAGGUCAAACCAUUACGAGGCUCUGCUGGCUGCUGAAGCUCGUGCUAUUGCUGGCAAGAAAGGAAUCCAAUCUGCAAAGGAUUCUCCAGUCAUGCACGUCACAGACCUGACUGUGGCCUCGGCUAAAAAAGCUAAAGAUUUCCUGCCAUCCCUGCACAGAAGCAGGAGAAUAUCUGCUGUUGUGGAAUACGUCUUGAGCGGACAUCGGUUCAAGCUAUACAUUCCGAAAGAAACAUGCAGUAUUGCCUUUGCAUUCUCUGGUGUCAGAUGUCCUGGCCGUGGCGAACCUUAUUCAGAAGAAGCUAUUGCUUUAAUGAGACGUAAGAUCAUGCAGAGAGAUGUCGAGAUUGAAAUUGAAACUGUGGAUAGAACCGGCACUUUCUUAGGAUCAAUGUGGGAGGGGAAGACCAACGCAGCAACGUUUCUUCUUGAAGCUGGCGUUGCAAAAAUGCAGACUGGCUUUGGUGCAGACAGGAUUCCAGAAGCUCAUCUUCUUGAAUUGGCAGAACGAUCUGCUAAGAAUCAGAAACUGAAGAUUUGGGAAAACUAUGUUGAAGGAGAGGAAGUUGUAAAUGGUGGUUCAAAGGUAGAAACCAGACAGAUGGAAACAUUGAAGGUGGUUGUCACGGAAGUGCUUGGAGGCGGUAGGUUCUACGUUCAGACGGUUGGAGAUCAGAAAGUAGCUUCGAUCCAAAACCAGCUUGCAUCUCUGAGUCUUAAAGACGCUCCCAUUGUUGGUUCGUUUAACCCUAAGAAGGGUGACAUCGUCCUUGCACAGUUUAGCCUCGAUAACUCAUGGAACCGCGCAAUGAUUGUUAAUGCACCACGAGGAGCAGUUCAAUCUCCAGACGACAAACUCGAAGUGUUCUACAUCGAUUACGGAAACCAAGAAACAGUUCCGUACAGCGCUAUUCGCCCUGUAGAGGCUUCAGUUUCAUCAGCACCAGGACUCGCGCAGCUCUGCAGACUUGCCUACUUAAAAGUUCCAAGCCUGGAAGAGGACUUUGGUCCUGAAGCGGGAGAGUAUUUGCAUACGGUGACGCUGGGAAGUGGUAAAGAGUUUAAGGCAGUGGUGGAGGAAAGGGAUACUUCAGGUGGCAAAGUGAAAGGCCAAGGAACUGGAACAGAGCUCGCUGUUACUCUCAUUGCUGUUGACGAUGAGAUCUCUGUCAAUGCAGCAAUGCUUCAGGAAGGAAUAGCGAGGAUGGAGAAACGGAAGAGAUGGGAGCAUAAAGACAAGAAAGCAGCUCUUGAUGCUCUUGAGAAGUACCAAGAAGAAGCUCGCAAAUCUAGGACAGGAAUCUGGCAGUACGGAGACAUUCAGUCUGAUGAUGAGGACAGUGUUCCAGUCAGGAAACCUGGUCGCGGGUAAGUGUUGUUUCCAACCUUUAUGAUCGAUCAAUGGUUGGUUCCCAAAGAGGGGGAUCUUCAACCUUUGUUCAAGAUUGUUGCUUUGCAAAGCAUCAAACUUUUUGUAAUGUUUAGAAAUUCUCUUUUUUUUUUUUUUUUUUUACUUUUUUGGUUUAUUAUAAGGUGACUGAUGGUUUCGUUCCUUAUUCUUGUUUUGACUAAAGAAUCUCAUAAUAAGGUGAUGUAACUUUAAGUCCGACAGGGACUUUUCA